CAGACGCGCUGCUUCUCAUCACCAACGAGCAGAUCACACUAGAGAGGGAAUUAUUGGUGAUUUAAAUGGCGGAGGAACUGUUACCGGAAAGCGAUGCGAAAAUGCAUGGGUCUCUCACCAAGUCACUGCUGGCAGUGGCUCUCCUGUCCUCGCUCGGCAGCUCCUUGCUCUAUGGCUACAACUUAGCUGUGGUCAACUCUCCUGCACAGUACAUCAAAGCCUUCUACAAUGAGUCAAUCAUCGAUACCUACGACUGGAUUCCAGAUGAACAGUUCCUCACUGUACUAUACUCCAUCACUGUGUCCAUCUUUGCUAUUGGAGGAAUGACGGGGGCCCUGCUUGUGGGCAAACUAGUCACAAAAUAUGGAAGGAAAGGGACGCUGGUGAAAUCCAGUGUGCUGGUGUUUAUAGCAGGAGCUAUGAUGGGCUUCAGCAGAUGGUGCCGGAUGCCAGCGAUGGUCAUCUUUGGUCGCUUCAUCAUGGGAAUACACUCAGGAAUCUCUCUCAGUGUGGUGCCGAUGUACCUCGGUGAGAUCGCCCCCAAGAACCUGCGAGGCUUCCUGGGCCUCGUUCCCAGCAUCCACAUCUGUCUCGGCGUCUUCAUCGCUCAGGUGCUGGGGCUCCACGAACUGCUGGGAGAGGAACAGCACUGGCCUCUGCUCCUGUCCCUGGUGGUGCUACCCACCCUAGUCCAGGUGAUGCUGUUGCCAUGGUUUCCAGAGAGUCCACGGUACCUGUUGAUAGAGAAGGGAAAUGUGCACGCCACCAUUGCAGCACUAAAGUGGUUCCGUACUAAAGGAAACAUCCAGGCCGAGGUUGAGGAGAUGCAGGAGGAGCAACGCUCUCUAUCGUCCAUCCGGACCAUCUCUGUCUGGGGCCUGCUCAGGGACCGCUGUGUCCGCUGGCAGGUCAUCACCAUUAUGGUGGUCAACGUCGGCAUGCAGCUGUCAGGCAUCGACGCGAUCUGGUUCUACACAAAUGAAAUAUUCAGUAAUGCUGGGAUCCCAGAGCCUCAUAUUCAGUACACCACUGUGGGAACUGGAGCCAUUGAGGUCAUCUCUGGGGUGCUGGGGUGUUUCACCAUCGAUCGUGUGGGCAGGAGACCUCUGAUGAUUGGCGGCUUCCUCUUCAUGGGAGUGUGCUGUGCAGGAAUCACUGUGUCUGUCCUCCUCCAGACGCAGCUGCCCUUCAUGCGCUACGUCAGUGUGGGCUGCGUUGUUGGGAUAAUCGCUGGCUUCUGCAUAGGUCCAGCUGGCGUGCCGUUCCUGAUCACAGCGGAGCUGUUUAAGCAGUCGCACAGACCGGCUGCCUACACUGUGGCUGGCUGCCUCAACUGGAUUUCCAACUUCACCAUCGGCUUCGUCUUCCCCUUCCUAGAGGACGCUACAGGUCCUUACUGUUACCUGAUCUUCUGCGUGAUCUGCCUGGGCGUGGCCCUCUACACCAUCUUCAUCAUUCCCGAGACCAAGAACAAAACCUUUAUGGAGAUCAGUCAGAUGUUCGCUGCAAGGAACAAGAUAGAUGAAGAGGAGCUGACAGCCAACGGCCAUUUGAAAAUGGCUAUGAUGAAUGGCUACGGAACCCUCGGCCACCAUGACGAAAAAUAAGAGCCCAUGGAGAAGGAACGUGGAGGUGGACCUUUCAACAAAGGUUUCUUUGAUCAGUAAGGCCCAGACAAACAUGGAACUGUGGCCACAAGGGGAUUUGCUGCUUCAUGUGAAACAGCGACCGAUGCACACAAACGGAAGCAUCAUACACAACAUCACAACAGCGCUUUGAUUAGUGUGAUGAGGAAGCAUUCCUCGUUUCCCGCAGUGGUUAAAAGGUCACACAUUUGCUUCUUGUUGCAUUUUUACACUGUUGAGUUCAAAGUGAAUGCCUUGACCAAAAACUUGUGCUCAUGUUUGUUUUGUAUUUUCUUUUCGUCCCUCUGUGAUUUUAUCUCUUUUUUACAUAAGAGAGCUGAAUAUUGUGACUACUGUAGUAGUCAUCUCAUAUUUCCUGUCCAGACAUCGGCAUAAUGUUGUAAAGCUUGUUAACGAGUUAUAAUGAAUCAAUAUAUCACAACAAAGCAGCUUUACAAGUUUGAGCCAUGUACUGUGUAAGUUUCUCUUUUUUUGUCUGUUGCAUGUUUCACAAGACCUCUUUGUAUAAAAUAUGGUGGAUUGACAAUGAGAUAUAUAAUUUUAAAUUAAGACUAUUAAAGAUG